AUGGAGGAGUCUGGCCGCAUCAAUGUCACUAUGACCGUCGGAGAAUAUGAACUUUUCAAGGAGGCCAAGAGGCGAGCAGCCUUCGAGAACCGACUCAUCUCAGACAACGAGAGGAAAUUCAUCGGUCGAAGGCUCAGGGAGCGGUGCAAAGGCUAUGUUAUUAAGCAAGCCUUCACCUCAAUGGCUUAUCCCCAGAGCAACGACCAGGCGGAAUUCACCAACCAGGAGAUCCUCAGGGUUCUACGAGCUUGGCUCGACCACGCAGGAGGCAGUUGGGUCGACGAGCUCCCCAGCGUCCUGUCGGCCCUUCGCACGACUCUAAAGGAGACGACCGACAUAACAUCAUUCCAUCUAGUGUAUAGCGGUGAAGCAGUGGUCCCCGUGGAAGUCAGGGUAGAAUCUGACCGAGUAUAA